CCAUUAUCGGGUUACGGUGGGUUAGCGUGUCAAAAAAGGAAUACAAAAAAAUAAACUAUUUCAGUGUUUGUGUCUCGACUAGUAAAAAUUUUCCGGAAAAGGAUAUCGUGGAAGUCGAGUUUUCAGAUUUUUUUUCUGAGGCAAAAAACAAGAGGGUAGUUUUCCAUCCAGAUCAAACUGAUAUGAUGAAAAGAAUUCAACAUAAUGGAAAAAUCGAAAAUCCCACUGAUACCCAACGAAAAAGUAUUCUUCCAAAAUAUUUCUCACUCAAGGCAAUCAGCCGAUCGUAAAUUAACGCCACAGAAACUAUCCUGGUUUCUACGCCACUCGGCAGCCGUCGCCGAGCACAUGGACCCGGAUGGCUUUGUUUGCUUCGACAUCCUCAAACAGAUUAGCGGCGCCAAUAUGGAACGAAUCCAGGAGCUCAUAGCUGCCGAUCAGAAGGGCCGCUACGAAGUUCGCGAUAAAGAAAUACGGGCAGUUAAUGGACACAGUAUUCACUUUUGUCAAAAUUAUGAAAUUGUGCAACAACCACCAGAGUUCCUAUAUCAUGCAACAAACAACCACGCGCUGCCACUGAUUAUGGGUGAUGCGCUGAAAAAGAUGGGCCGGCAUUAUAUCCACAUGUAUGAACAGCCUCCGGAGAAAACAUCGGUUCGAUACAGAAUUUUGAAAAUAAGACCCCCACGCGGACAUGUAUUCUUUCGAACUAAGAAUGGGUAUAUUCUGUGCAAGGUCGACAUCCCAGCGGAAUUUAUCGAAGUAAUGAGCUAGUAGAGAAAAUUAAAUGAUGUGUAAUUCAUUCGAAAUGUCCAAACGGUGUCUAUAAGCAUAUAUAUUUCAAUAAAUUAAAAUUGAGAAAUCUG